AUGGACGGGUACCACGGUGGCUCGAAUCAAGACGGCGACUUCAACGACGGCUCCUUGGACAACGCUUCUGGCUAUAGAUACGGCUCCGAAACCAGGGACUUCCUGUCCCAGGCGCUGCCGUACGCCGGAUCUGGGGCCCACACCGGCUUUCGCAACAACUCCGGCGACGUCUUCGGCUACGGCUUCGGCAGCAAGGCGCCCUCCCUUAGCCACCUGGGGUUCAGCGAGCUGGACCUCAACGCUAGCCAUUCGUGGCCGGGCUUGGCUCGUUACCAGGAGAUCCUCCAGUCCCCGGCUGAAGACGGCGGCAGCGGCAGCGCUCACGACCCCCCUCCCAUGCGCGUGCCAUCCCGCGCCGGCAGGGGUUCCCUCGGCCUCCGACCUCCUCGCCGCCGCGUGCCUCCCCUGGGGCCUCAUGGUGAUGAGGCAGGCGGCUCGGCUGGCGGUUCCAGGAGGGCCCGGCAAAGCGUCAUGCCCUAG